AUGCCCAUCACAACACCAGUCCCUGCGCUUCCGUGGAACUACAUAGCAAAAUUGGUCUGUAUAGGAGAUUCCGGAACCGGCAAAUCGAGCUUGACCAUCCGGUUAUGUGAAGGGAGAUUCUCCGCCUCACAUGAUGUCACUAUUGGCGUCGAGUUUGGGAGCCGAAUAGUCCCUGUUGGUCCUCCUGCGAAUGCAUCCUUGAAUAUCGGCGCUCCGAAUGGAGGAGCCAGCCAUGCCAGUCCACAACAGCAGAAGAAGAUGAAGCUUUCGCUCUGGGACACUGCUGGUCAAGAGACAUACAAAAGCAUAACAAGAAGUUAUUUCCGAGGCGCAUCCGGGGCAUUGUUAGUGUUCGACAUCACGCGAAGAAGCAGUUUCGAGUCGGUCACUCAGUGGCUCAACGACCUUCGUCAGAUUGCCGAGGAGGGCAUCGUUGUUAUUUUGGUGGGCAACAAGCUAGACCUUGCCGAACAGAGCACCGACGCGCAGGGCGGCACCAAGCGGGCAGUGAGCCGAGAAGAGGCACAGGACUGGUGUCGGCGAGAAAACGUGGUCAAGUACGUCGAGACAAGUGCUAAGAGCGGGGAGGGAGUCGAAAAGGCGUUUCUCGAGGUGGCGGAAAGGAUAUAUCAGAAUAUUGAAGCCGGCAAAUAUGACCUCAAUGACAGAAGAAGCGGAGUCAAAGGAUAUGGGACUGGGACCGGUCGAGAUGAAGGCAAGGCUCCCAAGACAGUCAACCUGACCAUGAACGACGCCGUCAAGAGUGGGCAGGGUAGAGGUUGCUGCUGA